AGGUGCUCCUGUGGCAACUGCAUCAUCAUGUUGACAGUGGAGGAGUGUAUAUGCUGCAUGGAAAUUGAUGUUGUAGCACAUAAAUGCGAGGAAGAUGGAUUCAAUUGCAUUCUACAGCAUCCUCCUGGAUUUGAACCAGUUUGUUUGAACUCAUUUGACUUGGAAACGGCAUACCUACAGUACAGGCAACAAUAUGGAGAUACAGAAGAGACUGGAUCAGGGUAUGUUAAUAUGUAUGUUUGA